AUGUCCAGCAUUCGAUUGGCGGAUCUCUCCAUCUUCUCGGAGAAGGAAUUGAACGCUCUUGCUCAAAAUGGUAUCAUCACAACACAGCAUUUGUUGUGUGUUUCUGGCUCCAGAUUGAGAUAUAUUCUAGAUACCGAAACUGUAGCUUCCGCCUUGGAACUUGUUCGUAAAGUGAUUUUUAAAACCAAUAUUGUGUCGGAAGAUGAUAUCAAGAAUCCAAAAACUGCUCUCUCUUUAUUACAACAACACAACGCAGAGAAAUUAUUUUUGCCUUUACAAUAUAUUCCAACGUUUAACGAAUUGUUUCAUGGAGGUUUGUCUUUAAAUUCUAUCACUGAAAUUGUCGGACAAAGCUCCUCGGGAAAAACAGAAUUUUGUUUGACUGUAGCUUGUGACUUAUUGCUUGGCAACUAUGAUUUUGGUUGUGUAAUUUUUGACACUGAACAAAAACACACAUAUAUUUUGAGUAGAAUUUUAGAGAUUUUGAAAAAAAGAAAUCCAGAAAUGACAGACACAGAAAUUGACGACAGAGUCACCAACCGUUGUACAAUACUCGAUAUCACAAGCUCGAAAGAAUUAAUUGAAAAUUUAGAUGAUAUGGAAGAGUUUAUAUUUGAAAAGAAUAUCAAGUUACUUAUCAUUGACUCUCUUGGAACAUUGGCCUCCAAAGAGUUUAUGGGAAAGGAAGGAGGAAUAUUCGAGAGAGCAAGCGCUUUACAAACUGAAGCCACGUUGUUAAAACAAUUGAAUGAGAAAUUCAAAGUUGGUGUUAUAGUAACAAAUACUCUGUCUCAAGAAAGUGAACAUGCUCACCUAGGCGUGAAUUGGUUUCAUUUCGUUAAUCAUAGAUUGAAAAUAUCAAAAAUUGAAGAAACAAAGCUAAUCCUUAGUGUUCAAAAGUCCGCAGUUGUGAGCAAUAGCAGUAUCAGUUUAUGCACAGAUCGAGUUGGUCUUCGUGAAAUAUCUCAACCAUUAGAACAAGAGUGA